AUGACAUCGAAAAAUAGAAACGAUUCAACGCCAUCAUCGGUAAGGACUUCCUCUUCCAAUGAAAAGAUUACCGAGGCAUUCGAAGCUAAUCAAGAAAAACUUCAAUCUGGAGAGCCUUUCUCUCAAAACAAGACCGCAACCAACAACCCAUUGACGGGAGAAACAAUCAUUGCUCAAGGUUCCGAAGCGGAAGAAUUGGCAAGAAGAUAUGCUGAAACAAUAUCAAGACAUUCAAGAUUGAAUCCUGACAAUAUUCCUUCUUUUCGUGCAAGAUUGAUCUUACUCAUCUUUGUCGCAUUACUGUUUUGGUGGGCAAUCCAAGGCCGAUUACAAGUGAUUGAAUGGAAGAGAACAUUACACAUCGAACCAUAUGAUGAAGACUAUACGGAUAUGGAUCAUCUGAGUCCAAUGGCAGAGAAUUACCAAGUGCCAUUUGCUGUUGAGCAGAGACAGAUAGAGCUAUAA